UUUGUCUCGUCCCAACCUUUUCCAUUUGCAUAUUUUUUCUAUAUCUAUGUGGCUUUAGGUUUGUCAAUGUUUGAAGGGUAUAUAUUAUAUUAAAUUACUAAGAGAUCUUUUGUUUAUAAAUAAUGUAGGGUAAAUUUUAGUAUCUUUCGCAAAAAUUUAAAUACAAAUUCUCAGUUAUGUUACCUUAAAAUGACAAUAAAAGAAGUUAUACACAUUCAUAUAGGACAAUCGGGAGUACAAGUAGCAAACGCCUGUUGGGAACUGUAUUGCUUGGAACAUGGCAUCAGACCCGAUGGUAUCAUGUUAUUUGGAGAAAACGAACAUAGCUGCGCUUCCUUUUUUAGUAGCACGGCUGGGGGAAAAGUGGUGCCGCGAGUAGUAAUGAUUGAUUUAGAACCAACUCCAAUUGACGAAAUACGAAAUGGAACCUACAGACAUCUAUUUAAUCCUAAGUCUCUGCUAACGGGCAAAGAAGACGCGGCUAGUAAUUUCGCUCGCGGGUACUUCGGCGUGGGACGCGAGAUGAUUAACGUUGCUCUCGAUCGAAUACGACUGGCUGCUGAAGAUUGCAGUCAUCUUCAAGGAUUUAUACUGUUCCGCUCUUUUGGAGGAGGUACUGGAUCUGGAUUCACAGCUCUACUUUUGGAAAACAUUGCUAGAGAAUACGGCAAGUUAUCUAAAAUAGAAUUUGCUGUUUAUCCUGCCCCAAGAAUGUCACCAGUAAUUGUAGAACCGUACAACGCAGUAUUGACGUCUCAUGCUUGUAUGAACACAGAGGACGUCUGCUUUAUCUUCGACAACGAAGCCUUAUACGACAUUCUAGCUAGAUCUUUACAAGUACCUCGACCGACUUAUACAAAUUUAAAUAGAUUAAUCGCUCAGGUGAUAUCAUGUAUGACAGCGUCUUUAAGGUUCGAAGGCUCAUUAAACGUGGAACUCGUGGAAUUUCGAACAAACCUGAUUCCUUAUCCAAGAAUACAUUUUCCUUUGGUGACCUUCGCUCCAUUUGUACCACCGACGAGAGGACAACAUGAAACUAUGAGUACGCAACAGUUGAUGAUGUCAUGUUUUGAGCCGGCCAACCAAAUGGUAAAGUGCGACCCCACGAAGGGCAGCUACAUGUCAUGUUGUCUGUUAUUCCGGGGAGAUGUUAAUCCGAAUGACAUUAAUUUUGCAAUUAACCAAAUUAAAAGCACGAGAUCCAUCAAAUUUGUGUCUUGGUCACCGACAGGAUUUAAGAUUGGUGUAAACAGUCGACCACCAAUAACCGUCCCCGGCGGCGAUUUAACGGUAUUACAAAGAGCUGUCACUAUGGUUUCAAACACAUCCGCCAUCCGAAUAGCUUGGGAACAUUUAUGCAGAAAAUUCUCUUUGAUGUACGCCAAACGAGCAUUUGUACAUCAUUACGUUGGAGAAGGAUUAGAAGAAGGAGAAUUUUCAAAUGCUCUUUAUAAUAUCAAAGCUUUGUCUAAUGAUUACAGGGAAAUGGAAACAUGAAAGUUAUAAACAGAGAAAAAUAUACACUCAUUUAGUAUUUUAUCUAUUAUUUUAGUCAUUUUUACCAUUAUACCUACUUGUUUCUACAGUUAUUCUGCAAUGAGGUACUUUUGUUUAUAUUUUUGUAAUACAUAUUGUAAGUGCGUAAUGGGUUUGAAAAUAAAUGUAACUUUUUCAAUUAAAGGUAAAUAAUAAUAAACUU